AUGUGCUAUCAUCUUGAUUCCAGAAUGUCAAUGUUACUCUAUAUGAUUUUCUUGGUAUUUGGGCAUCAUACUACAGUCCAUUGUGGACCACCAGAUAUCUCUGAAGGCAAAAUCAGUACCUGCCACUUGCCCCAGCAAAAUGCUACUCUUUAUAAGCUGUCAUCCAUCAAUGCUGACUUUGCAUUUGAUCUGUACCGGAGACUCAGUGAGGAGACUCCAGAUCGGAACAUCUUCUUUUCCCCUGUGAGCAUAUCUGCAGCUUUGGCCAUGCUUUCUUUUGGGGCUGACUCUAGCACUCAAACUCAGAUCCUGGAGGUUUUGGGGUUCAACAUCACAGACAUCCCAAUGACAGAGAUACAGCAGGGCUUCCAGCAUGUGAUCUGUUCACUGAAUUUUCCAAAGACAGAACUGGAAUUGCAGAUGGGAAAUGCUCUUUUCAUUGGGAAGCAGCUGAAACUACUGGCAAAGUUCUUGGAUGAUGUCAAAACCCUUUAUGAGACUGAUGUCUUCUCUACUGACUUCUCCAAUGUUUCUGCAGCUCAGAAGGAAAUCAACUGCUAUGUGGAGUAUCAAACCAAAGGGAAAAUUGUAGGCCUAAUCCAAGAUCUCAAACUGGAUACCACCAUGGUCCUUGUAAACUAUAUUUAUUUCAAAGCCCAAUGGGAAAACCCUUUCCAUCUAUCAAAGACCAAAGCCAGUUCAAGUUUCUCAGUAGACAAGACCACCACAGUGCAUGUACCCAUGAUGCACCAGGUAGAGCAAUACUAUUAUCUGGUGGAUGCAGAGCUGAAUUGCACAGUGCUACAAAUGGACUACAGCAAGAAUGCACUGGCGCUCUUUGUCCUUCCCAAGGAAAGACAGAUGGAAUGGAUGGAAGCAGCCAUGUCAUCUAAAACACUGAAGAAGUGGAACAGAUUACUGAAGAAAGGAUGGGUUGACUUAUUUGUUCCAAAGUUUUCCAUUUCUGCAACCUAUGAUCUUGGAACCACUCUUUUGAAGAUGGGCAUUAAGGAUGCCUUUGAUGUAAGGGCUGAUUUUCCUGGGCUCACAGAAGACAGUGCUCUGAAACUUUCUUAUGUUGCCCACAAAGCUGUGCUGCACAUUGGUGAAAAGGGAACAAAAGAUGUAACUGUCCCUGAUGUUAGAUUUCUGGAUCAGCCUGAAAUCACUCCAUUUUAUCCAAUUAUCCGAUUUGAUAGAACUUUCCUUUUGAUGAUUUUGGAGAAAAGCACCAGAAGUAUUCUCUUUCUUGGGAAAGUUUUUGACCCAACAGAAGGAUAG